GCUAUGGGUCCUUGCCUCUAUGAACGCCUGUAGGACUCUAGCAGACGAACUCGUCGUGAAGGAUCUAGGAGGAUAUACCGACCGUUUCUCCAACAGCCUGACAAGAGAUUUCUUAGAGAGUUGAAGGACGUCUUCAAGAAACCUGGAGUGUCUGAAGACUGCUGCUGAACAGCUAAGCCUUGUAUAUCUUACAACUCGCAACGGAAACCUAACGGCUGGUGACUCCACCACUACAGCAUCAAUGGAACUUCCCUCUAUGAAAAACUACGUUGGACGAUUUUCUGUCAUUGAAAUCCGAACAACCGUCUAGCAAAGUGUGUUGUGAGCGGAUUUUUCUUCCAUUGGAUGAUUUGAAAACAGCGUACACAUGUUGACGUGAAAAAACAGAACGUCACCCCAAACAACCCUUCAAGGAGGUGGCUUUAUGGGGGCGUUACGAGAGGAUGUAGCGGACUUUGGGGUAUUUUACAUAGAUUCACGUCCAACGCCGUUGCUUGGCGACCAGUCGGUCGUGCCCACUGGGAUUACGUCAGAAUCAGACGAUACGGCGUGUUCGGUAGCUAUCGGCUCGCGACUACUCCAUUUGGGGGAUUGUCGAUAAAGUACAAAGACCACAACUUCUGGAAUCACAUAGCCAUGUAAUGGCGUCCAAAGCUGCUGCAUCAUCUACAGGUUUUAUGAGGCGGAAAAUAUGAGUUUAUCGCAAGCUGGAAAUGGCGGGAAAAUCCCCCUGAGUGAAAAUUCAAACACGAUCUCAGGCAUCUUGCCAAACGACAGUCCUGAGGAAAUUUGUGUCGCCUCGUUGGAUACGGUGGCAAAUGGUGACGAUUCUGUGCAGAAACGUCGGUCACAGACACCCACCAAUAUAAUCCUUGUUGAACCAGAGAGUCAGGGACCUAAGGCUGGUAUAGAGCCAGGGACAACGGAUUCCCGCGCAAACGGUGACGUCAUUGCAAAUUCCCCCGACAGGGAAUCAGGUGCGAGAGCGCGCAAUCAAACCGCUGGAUCAGACGACGCGUCGGAUGUGACAAACUUGUACCACAGAAACGGGUGUCAUGACAACAUGGCCGAGUUGUCAACUAGCCCCAGGGGUUCGGUAAGAGAGAGGAGGCAGGCGUACAAACUGCAAGGCAGAUCGAGCCCGAGUCCGAAUGACAUCGACACCGCGGCUGGCCAAACCUUUUGUCGGGGCAGCAGUGGGGUUGAGCCCGACGAAAAUUCAAACCCACCCCGGUUGAAACAGGAAGCUGAAACUGUUACCCCAGAAGAUACGCGUGACGAUAAAGAGCACGUAAAAGACCAUUCAGACAAAAAAUCUACUGUUUCAGCCAUAGAGACAAAUACAAAUAAACCUUCCGAAACGAAACAUUUAGGGCAAGGAGAUCUUGCUGCAAAAGUAGCAGGUAACUCAACUUAUGAUGCAAUGCUGGGACUAGAGCAGCCCGGACAACUCUGGCCACAGGACGUGCGGGAUCUACGCAGAAAAGGGGCGCGGCAUCUACGCAACCUCCGCUCAAACUCUGUAGAGACUAACAAUAGUACCCGCUCCGUGGAAACCAGAGAAGGCACCCCACAGAAAGACAGUCCCGAUAGAACCAUCGGCAAUGAAAGUUGUUCAGAUAUACCUGAAUUUGACAUAAGGACAGGAUCCGAAAAAUCGAAACACGAAGAGAGUAUCAAACUCCCAAGAGACAGAGAUAAUCAUAUUACUAAAUUGAGGCAUGAAGUUACUAGUGAAUUGCCAAUCAACAGUUGGAGUCAAGUAGUAAUCCAAGAGGAGGGGUCGGAGUGUUCCCAGGAUCCUUUGCUUGAAUCGCCCGCGUCGUCCCUACAUCCGGGCUCCGGGGUCGCACCUGCGCAGAGCCGCCCCACCUGGAGGCAUGACAGCCUCGCGUCGGACGCGUACGAUCGGCUGAGGUGGGACGACUCGCGGCAUGGUAGCGCUACUUCCGAGCAGCUCUCGCUGAGGUGGGACUCCCGGCAAGAGAGCGUUGCUUCCACCGGGCCGCUCUUCAGCGGCUGGACGGAGGAUACUCAGAGUUCUCGCGGCGAGGCGGCCGACAGGGUCCCGGAGCUGACCAGCAUGGGUCGGAAAGCGGUGAAGAGUAAGCUGCUCUGGCACACAGCACUGACAAGGCUAACUCAAGAAAUGCAGAAAGAUGGAACGGUGGUUUCUCCAAGCAAGAAGAUUUCAGUAAGCGGUGAAUACAUACAGGAAAUCAACAAGAAGAUUUCCACCUGCACGACCAGCUUCCCGGCAACCAAAGUCCACCCUGAUAUCGAGAGCACGGAAGGAGGGAGCGAGGGAAGGGCUGUUGAAAAAGACGGCAUCUCCAACCCCCCAAACUUCUUCAACAACGUCGGUUACAUCUACCGCGGUGUGAUCAUACCGACACUAAACAACGCCUUCAACUCUGAAGAGCUAGAGACUCUCUACCAGCACUAUUUCCUCAGGCAGCGCCAGAAAUCACUGAUUUUCCUAAACUUCAUCGACAUUGUGAACUUUAUCGUCACCUUCCUGCUCUACGCCAUCUUUAUAAAGGACAGGUUCACGCUUGCGAAACAGAUUUUGUUUCCAAUAUUCGUACUGUGUGAGAUUGUGGUCUGCGCGCUGGUGAAGUGGAGGCGAGGGUUCGCGCGAGGAUACAUGAGAUACGCCGGCCUGUUCACCUGGCUGAUGUUGACACUGGAGGCCGUGUUACUCCAGGUGGAUACAGGCGGUACCCGUCCGCCGACGUUCCAGGACGGCCUGUGGCAGGGCCUGUUCACGGUGCUGGUGACCUACACUAUGGUCCCCUUCCCCCUGGGGUGGGCCAUUCCGGCAGGGGGCAUGACUUCGCUGCUACACCUCAUCUGUCAGGCGGCCCUGGUUAGAACAGCGUCGGCGGAAACUUUUGCUCGGCAGCUGGUAGCGAACCUCCUGCUGUACGUGUGCGUGAACCUAGCAGGCCUCUACACCAACUACCUGACGGACCGUGCGCAGAGACUCGCCUUCCUGGAGACACGGAGGUGCAUCGAGUGUCGGGUCAAGAUCGAGAAGGAGAAUCAGAGACAGGAGAGACUUCUACUGUCCAUUCUGCCGCGUUUCGUUGCCUUGGAGAUGAUCAACGAUUUGUCCAAUGAGGUUGAAGACGACGAGGCGCAGCAUCAGCAGUUCAGAACCGUCUACAUUCACAGAUAUGAGAAUGUCAGUAUCCUGUUCGCGGACAUCCGGGGCUUUACGGACUGGUCGGCACGCUCCACCGCCCAGGAGGUGGUGAAGACACUAAACGAACUGUUCGCACGGUUUGACAAACUAGCAAAGGAAAACAAUUGCCUGAGAAUCAAGAUGCUUGGAGACUGUUACUUCUGCGUGGCCGGGUUACCAGACCCGCGGCCUGAUCAUGCGCACUGCUGCGUAGAGAUGGGCCUACAGAUCAUCAAGGUCAUAAGGAGAGUCCGAGAGUCAAGGAAGGUCGACUUGGACAUGCGCAUUGGCAUUCACUCCGGAUCCGUGCUUUGCGGCGUUCUGGGCCUGCGCAAGUGGCAGUUCGAUGCCUGGUCCAAUGACGUGGAUCUGGCCAAUCAGAUGGAGUCUAGCGGGCUGCCAGGGAGAAUCCACGUCUCAGAGACCACCCGCAGGUGCCUUGGGUCUGAUUACGAGUUUGAGGACUACAGUGGCGGGGAGAGGUCCAAGUUACUCCGGGAGAAGGGCAUGCGGUCUUUCCUCAUCAAGGCCUUCGACGAGGGGCUUCUCAAGCCAACCUCCAAUACAGAGUUGUCUCCGGCCAAGGUCCGUCCGUCCGUGCACACCCAGGACAGCAUCUCCAGCAUCGCCUCCUCCAUCCACCGGGACUUCCGGGGACGAACCUUCUCCAUGACUCCCUCCGAGUCGUCCUGGAGCGCAGAGACGCCAUUCUCUAACAUCCUGGGCUUUAAGAGCAACAGGCACGGGUCCUUCUCCGUACACGGCACCCUGGCCCUCCUGCCGUACGGCCUGGCGAAGUGUCUCCCCGUGAAGCGCGGGGUGAGUGAGGAGGUUCACCGGCUCAUAGAACACUCCAUCGAGGUCAGGUCAAGCGACAGGAUGAGCAAAGAACACAUCUCCAGGUCAACGCUUAGAUUCAAGGACCCAGAUGUAGAGGAGAAGUACCACCAGUUAAGAGAUGAAGUCAUCAAGUCCAACAUCUCCUGUGCCUUCGUCAUACUAGUCUUCAUCUCAUUCGUGCAGCUCUGUAUAAUUCCCAGAACGUACGUGUUGGCGAUCGUUCUGCUCAUGUCCAUUUUGGUCUACGUCAUCGUCUUCAUCAUCUUCAUGGCGGAGGAGUUCAAGCGGUGCUCACGGCGCAUGCGCCAGCUGUCGUGCUGGUUUCACGAGACUCUGGUGGCCCGGAACAGUCUCGUGGUCUGCGCAAUCGCAGUCAACUUCAUGGCGCCGAUCUCAAACGUGUUUGUAUGUGACGUCAGCACGCCAACUAACGUGACAGGGACGGAGAGCGACCCAGAUAGCCUGCAGUGCCACUUUCCACAGUACUUUUUCCUGUGCGGAAGUCUCGGGUUCUGCACGUGUGCCGUAUUCCUGCGGCUUAACUUCCUGGUCAAGCUGUCUGCAGUGCUGACGAUGGCCCUGGUGGAGGCGCUGCUGAUACAGGUGUCUCACGGCGUGCUGUUUUCCAGAUACGACCAGCUCAUGUACCAGUCAAAUGGGUAUGUUUUAUUUAGUAUGUUCCAUCGAAUGUGUUCUAUCAACCAUGUUCUGUCCGUUCUUUACAGUGGAGACAGUGGGUUGGUGGAGCUGACCUGGGUGACUGUUGUUGCUAUGGUGAUGUUUCUAUUAGCUGUCUUCUAUCACGGCAGACAGCUGGAGACGAACGCCAGACUAGACUUUCUAUGGAAGCUACAGAGUAAACAAGAGCUGGACGACAUGAGCGACCUGAGAGAACACAACAAGCAGCUGUUACAGAACAUCCUCCCGGAGCACGUCGCACAGUACUACAUGGAGAGGGAACGAGAGGACGAGGAGCUGUAUUCAGAAGACUACGAAAACGUGGCUGUCAUGUUCGCGUCCAUCCCGAACUUUGCCGAGUUCUACUCCCAGACAUUUCACCAAGGGAUCGAGUGCCUUCGACUUCUCAACGAGAUCAUCGCAGACUUUGAUGAGCUGCUUGGAGAGGACAGGUUUGCUGAAAUUGAAAAGAUAAAAAGUAUCGGCAGCACUUAUAUGGCAGCGUCCGGACUCAACAACAAGCACAAGGAGUACAAUGACAAACACAGUCACCUGGUGGCGCUUGCAGACUACGCACUCGCCAUGCAGCAAGUGCUGGAGGACAUCAACACACAUUCUUUCAACGACUUCAAACUAAAGAUAGGUCUAACCCAUGGCCCUGCCGUUGCCGGAGUUAUCGGCGCCCGGAAGCCUCAGUACGACAUCUGGGGAAAAACUGUCAACCUGGCCAGCAGGAUGGACAGUAGCGGGGUCACCGGGAAAAUACAGGUCCCACAGGAGACUUACGCCAUCUUGGUCACCCGGGGGUUCAAGUUCGAGUGCAGAGGCGACAUCCACGUCAAGGGGUUUGAGGACAAAAUCCGGACUUAUUUCCUGGUCGGCAAGACAAAAUGCUUCAGCAGAAUAUCCGGACUUCCUGUUUCCGGAUUGAAGAGAAGCGGGGCUCACACGACUCUCGCGACCAUCGUGUGCGGUCUGGUGCGGUCCAAACACGCUCAAGCCAAGCGGACCUUGGAAAACGAGAAACGAAAAGCGGAAGGGAAAAGCAGCCGACACUCCGCACCAAUCAUCACAACAGACUCGCCCGUUUAUAAUAACGGUCACGCCAGAUUACCCAACAUUCCUCACGGUCACGUGACUAAACCUACGCUCGACCUGCCGCAAGGCACGCCGGGAUUACAAAUGACUCCUCUCCCGCCGAUCAGAAGGAAGGCUGGUGUUGUUGAGAUCACAACUUCUGGAGUAUAAACUAUUCUGUGUUGUUUGUUACUCUUGGAAUGUGACGGAUAAUUUUGGUAGCUAUUAUUGCCUUUGAUACAGAGUUUGCCAUAGAGCCUUUGAGGUCACAAAGCUCAUACAACUUUGCUAUUGAGCCAGUGCAUAAUUUUCAAGCAGAUGUUGGGUUGGAAGAUUGAAACUGAGUAGCGCCUAGCCCCUCUGACAAUCUCUCAUCCACAACAUCUACGGAUAGUGAAAAAGUUCAAAUUUUUUUAACAGUCAAACGUAUUACUUAUCGUUGGGGUUCUUGUUAUAUAUAUAUAACAAGGGACUGCAUGUCAGUCAGAAAACGUUAAACUUUCCACCCCAACAUCUGCUUGAAGAUACCACGAUUAUAGUCAACACCUGUACAAGUGACCAUUUCUACAAAAGGACCAUCUGGCCAUUGUGACCACUUUUUGGUGGUCACUUAGAUAAUUUUUCCCAUUGACACUAUCAUUGAGAAUCCUCUCUCUAUAUAUAUAGUGACCACCUGUACAUAGACCAGAUUUUCUUGGUCCCCUAUGUGGUCUUAUGUGAUUUUGACUGUACUGUAUAGCUGUAUCAUGAUCAAUACCAGGGGUGCCUAAGCAUUUGCACGAACCCUAUGAGAUUCGUGCGAACAUUAUGUGAUACGCGCGAAUCACUAUAUGAAAACGCACGAACCUUAUGAAAAUCACACGAAUCACUAUGCGAAAACGUACGAACCUUAUGUGAUUCGCACGAAUCACUAUGCGAAAACGUACGAACCUUAUGUGAUUCGCACGAAUCACUAUGUGACACACACGAAAUUUAUGCAAAACCGGCCGACCACCGCCGGGUCACGUGACAUUACGUCAUUCGCAUAAGGUUCGUGCAAAUCUCAUAAGGUUCGUGCGUGUCACAUAGUGAUUCGUGCGAAUCACAUAAGGUUCGUGCGUUUUUGCUGUGCAUACUGAUUCGUGUGAUUUUCAUAAGGUUCGUGCGCUUUCGCAUAGUGAUUCCUGCGUAUCAUAUAAUGUUCGCACGAAUCUCAUAGGGUUCGUACAAAUGCUUAGGCACCCCUAAAUACAGCAUGUUUAACUAUCGGGGCCUUAUGGAACACUAGGAACCUUGCCAUCAUUUUAAAGAUUGUCAAGUUACGACAACAAGCAUAACGCACAUUCUCAUGCCCAAUCGCACUCUAGAUCUAUUUAUACGUGAGUCUACGAAAUGUUCAAAAUCGUUAUCUGUAAAAAGAUACUGUACAAAAAGAGCUUUUGAUGGAUGGAAUGUCUCUUUUCACAUGUGUUGCUUGUAAAGCAUGUGUGUAUUUUGAUGAGCUAUGUGCAAUAAAACAGAACCUUAUUUUACCCAG